AUGCAUGAUGCUGUCCUCGACUACUACGGCCGCAAGCUAGCUACAUGCUCCGGCGACAAGACGAUCAAGAUCUUUGAGAUUGAGGGCGAGACCCAGCGAUUGGUCGAGACCCUCAAGGGACACGAGGGUGCUGUCUGGUGUGUCGCCUGGGCGCAUCCCAAGUACGGCAACAUCCUGGCAUCGGCUGGUUACGAUGGAAAGGUCUUUAUCUGGAAGGAGCAAGGUGGACAGAGCAACGCAUGGCAGCGAAUCUACGACUUUCCCCUACACAAGGCCUCGGUCAACAUCGUUUCUUGGUCUCCCCACGAGGCUGGUUGCCUGCUAGCAUGCGCCUCUUCCGACGGCAACGUCAGCGUUCUCGAGUUCAAGGACAACAGCAUCGACCACACCACCUUUGCCGCUCACGGCCUCGGCGUCAACUCCGUUUCCUGGGCUCCCGCUACAACCCCCGGCAGCAUUGUGAGCAGCGCUCCUGGCCCUGGUGCUACUGGCAACCGCCGAUUUGUCACUGGUGGUAGCGACAACGUCCUCAAGAUCUGGGCCUUUGAUCCUGCUUCUCAGACCUACAAGCAGGAGCGUGAGCCUCUGACUGGCCAUACCGACUGGGUCCGAGACGUUGCCUGGUCUCCUACCGUCCUCCAGAAGUCCUACAUCGCCUCUGCCUCGCAGGACAAGACCGUCCGCAUCUGGACAUCUGAUCCUUCAAACCCUACUCAGUGGGAAUCCAAGGUUCUCCCCUUCGAGGCGGCUGUGUGGCGAGUCAGCUGGUCACUUAGCGGCAACGUGCUGGCAGUCAGUGGCCAGGACAACAAGGUAUCAUUGUGGAAGGAGAACCUACGGGGCGAGUGGGAGUGUGUCAAGACUAUCGAGGAAUAG